GGUUAACAAACUUCUAAAAUUAGUUAUUAGUUCAUAUAUUCUAAUCUAAAAGCAACAAAAAGAAAGACGAAACCAAUCUAUUCUAAAUUUUCUUUUACGUUUUAUUAAGUUCUUAUUUUUCUAAAGUUGAAAACCCAUAAAAGAAAAAUCCUAACUGAAAUCUAGAUUGAGCCUCAAAACCAAUAUUCAAUUGGAGGAGAGUAACAAAAAAAUGAUAUCACAUCGACUGAGGAUACUGAUAAGAUGCUUUAUUUUGCCCUACAAAAAAGUAAGAUAGAGUGUUCAAACACAUGGAGAAUAAGAAAAAGUGCAUGUACCGAAAGAAGACAAAUCAAAGUUAUAUGAACAAACCUCUACUUGAUGUUCUUAUUCAUUUGACGCUUAUUUUUGCUCUUUGAUGUGAUAAGACUCAAAAAGACCACACCAAACAUAGACAGCUCAGUGUCUCCUCAAGGCCUUACACCUAACACAUGCAUCUUUCUUCCUUGUUUUGAGGUAAACAUUUGCCUUUCUAUUCAUUUGUUUUAUAUACUUUUGUAAUACUAGUAUUAUGGUGCCUAUCUUUUCUCUCCAUGUUUUUGAUAUUUCCCAUUUUUAAUCUAAAGGUACAUAUAUUUCUGAAACUAAUUCUCUACGAGUUUUUUAAUCAGGACUUAGGACCAAAAUAAUGCUUUUGGUUUUGGAAUGUAAACUCACAAUUAAAAAAGCUUUUAAAGGAGAAUAAAUAAGAGGGAGAUCAUAAAAAAAAUUAGAGACACGCAUUACUGUAAUAUGAUAUUCCAAACAUCAUUACCAAGGAGCCAAUCUAGAAGUUUAUUUUGACACGAAGAUGUAUGGCCCUUUGGUCCAAAUAGUCCUUUUAGGUCCAGACCAGCUGGCGCUAAUACCGAUGACAUGGUGUAAAACAUCUCUUUCAACGGGAAUUAAACUAUGGGCGCACUGAAACCUACUCCAAAUAUUAUUUCUUCCGUUUUUUUAUAUAUGACGUUUUAGAAUUGUACAUAUAGAUUAAAAAACAUUUAAUUUCUAAACAAAAAUAUCAUUAAUUGUUUACUUAACCACAAUUUAACCAAUAAUAAAAUAGAAACUAUAAUAUCAUUGGUCAUCUAGCAUUAAUUAGUAAUAAAUUUUACAUAGAAAAUUGAAAACGUCAAAUAAUUUGAAACAACAAAAUUCCUCUAAAACGCCAUAUAUAAAAAAAUGGAGGGAGUAAAUCAUUAGUCCAACAGUGUAAAAUUUCCAAUCUAGAAGUUUCAUUUAAGUGAUUAGUAAUAAGAAAUAAAAUAAAAGCAUGAAAAAUAAUUGAGCUUCAGAAGAUGCAUGAAAUGAUAUCCAUUUUAUCUAUUAGAUUUUUAAAAUAAUUUUUAACAUAGAAUUUUAAAUAUGCAGUAAUUAUUUUUAGGAAAAUUUACCAGAAUGAAACAAAAUUUUCAGUUUUCUUGUCCCUUUGGUAUAAAACAUGUUUUGUCCAUUUUUUCUAUUUUUUUAUUUUUUCCAUUUUUAAAACUUAAUGAAAUAAAUAGUUUAUGUUUUCAUGUGCCCCGUAAAAAAUUAAUAACUUGCUUUCGCCUAUAAAUAUAGAAAUUAGUUUUUCGAUCUUUUUUUCUUCUUUUUGAACUUUGAUUUUCGAUCACUUUUAGAAAAUAUUUCUUAUGUAUCUAAAGUCACAUCUCCAAGUUCACCUAAGAGCAUCUCCAACCCCACUCUAUUUUUCACUCUAAAAUAGAAUUUAGAGUAAAAAGUGCUCCAAUGGUACUCUAUUUCUCAUUCUAUAAUAGAGUGAAAAAUAGGUUUACUCUAAAUAUAGAGUAAUUUGUUUUUUCUUUGUUCAUUACUCUAUUUUUUACUCUAAAAUAGAGUACCAUUGGAGCAAACUUAAACUCUAUUAUAGAGUUACUCUAUUUUAGAGUAAAAAAUAGAAUAAGCAAUUGGAGAUGGUCUAAAUGAUAUAUAAGUCCUCAUAUAUAGAUAGUCAUGACGACUCGCAUAUCUAUUUUUCCUGUGAUUACUGUACCUGAGGCCAGUCAGAUUGUUCUCUUCUUAUUUGAGUGAUGUUAGUCAGGACAUUCUUUAUUUUGUUCUCCUGAAAGCUAUCACAACCAUGUAAUUAUUUCAUGAAUAUUCUCUUAUACCAAAGAAAACUGAUGGAAUCUAUUAAGCUGUGAUUAAAAAAAUCAUGAUUUAGCCGAAAUUAGGAUAAAUUUGUUUUGUGAGGUUGAGAACGUACGAUACAGAUUACAAUAUAAUCGUUAUAAAACCGUAACAACCGUUACCAUGCAAACACUGAUAGAGGCAAAAUAAGUCAUCCCUUAGUAUAUUAAAAGCGAAUUGUGCUUCCUCCGAAUUAGUUGGAACUGUGAACUGAUAUUAGUUCUAAAUUUUAAUAUUAUAUAUGCACAUAGUCCAUAAAUAUUAAGUUAUUAACUAUUAAGGGGAUGAUUGGUUGGGGCUGUAGAUGCUCUGGACAGCCAAAAUUUAGUCUACAGCUAUAUAUCUCAAUCAAUCAAGCUUUGCUUUCCUUAAAAAACUUACAGCAAAAAAAUCUCUGCAAAAUCAAAAUAUAACUGUAAAGAGCUUUAUUUCCAGAGCAAAAAAUUAGUGCUUUAGAAAUCUACAGCAAGGAAAGGAAAGCUACAGCAAAUAAAUCUACAGAUUAAAUUCUACAGCAAAAAAUAUGAAGCUACAGCACUUACCAAUCAUCCUCUAAGUAUAUAUACUUCCUCCAUUAGGGCCCUCCAAUAUGUAUAUGGGUGGUGCUACCAUGAUUAACACGCUCAUCCUAAAUGUGACUUUAAAAAGGCUUCAUAGAAAACAUAAGGUCCUCAUCAUUAUCAUCAAUCUACCAUUAACAUAAAUACCAAAAAUUAUGAGCAUGGACGGCGAUAAGGUGAGAGAAAUUAUACUAUUCAGUUAAAUUUCUAAAUUUAAUUCAAAACAUCGCCAUGAAAAUUUUCCUUUUAGUUAUAUGACUUCAGACUUUGAAUAUCGAUAUUUGAGUAUAAAUAAUAUUCAGAGAAUUUAAAACUCUAAAUCUAAUGUAAAAUGUUUUGUUUCAUAAUUUAGAUAAUAAUAUAGCAAUAAUAAUAAAUACUAGUUUUCUUUUAUUCUUUCCAUGAUGUCCGUUGAGGAUUUCUAUAAAUAUUUUAAAAACAACUUUUUUUUUGCUUUCUGUUUUCCGCAAGUAAAUUAAACGAUAUGUAUUAAUUCACACCAAUUUUUUAGAACAUUCUAUCAACUACUAAUAAAGUUUAAUCGAUUCUUUUGAAAAAGGUGGAUAAUAGUAUUAUCUUUUAGUGAACAUAAAAUAAAAUUUGAAUGCAUGGCCCCAUAUGAUUUAGCCGAUGUGCCUAAUGAUAUCUAAGGUUCUAUUAACAUUGGCCAUAUUAGCGAAUGGUCGGGCUGUGAAGCAACAUUAUACUUUAUCUAACGAAUAAUAUGAUUGAGUUUCUAUUCAACCACUAUGGAAUGGUUUAUGAAAAUAUAUGUAACCCCCUUAACUUGACGAUAUUAGACUAUGACCACAAAUAUAGAAGAAUAUAUAAUACCAUGAUUAAGGCCACUAACAAAUUCCGGCGGCAGAUCAAAAAGCCAUUCAAAUUAAUUACAACUUCGAAUAUAGUUUAUAAAACUUUCCGGGAAUUUGAGACUAAGCUUUAGUCAUGUUUGGUUUUAAAUAUUGCGUACCCAUUAAAAAGCAUGCUAUUAGUUUACUUAUGUAUCUUUAGUGGUAUUCCCUUUUCUAUUGUAAUCAUUGUUUUGAAUCUUUCAUUCUAUGUGGUCACGCUAUAUCUCAUCUUCUCAGUUUGUCGUUCGUCUUCUUCUUUUCUUUAUUAGAUGAAUAUCAACUCAUUUUGAAUAUGAACUUUUGAUUAGUGUUUAGAGCGAGAUGCAUGCACUGCUUAUACUUUCUCCUAACCCUCCACCAUGUAAGAUGCAUGUUUUUAGUUGCUUUUACGAACUCAAUGUCUAAACAAAAUGAAAAAUUUAAAAGACUAAAAUUAAUUGUUAAAUUAUAUUAAGAAAGAAAACCUGAACCAUAAUGAUGGAUACAACACAUUUGCAUAAAAUUCUAAAUGCAUCACUUUCGAUAUGAAAUUGAAGAGAAGAAAAGUCUGAAAAAGGCAACUCGAUUAAAAUAAUAUGUUUUUAUGAAAUGGAUUACAUAAAAAUUGAACCAGUUUAAUGAUUAAAAUUUAGAUUUAUAUUACUACUUUUUACUGCAAUCAUGAUAUUCUUUUAUUUUAAAUAAUGAAAACAAAAUCUAUUCCUAAAAAUCCCCAACAACAACUUAGAUGUUGAUGGUCUUUUUCUUUAUAUCCAAGAUAAUUAAUCAAUAAGGUUUAAAAAAGAGUUACGUUAGAUACUUACCAACAUGGUGACUUUAAUGAAAUGGAUAACUUAUGAGCAAUCAUGGAGUGUAAUUUUGGUUUAUAAGUCCCUAAACAUUAUUUGAGAAGUAAUUGUUUAUUUGUUUUCACUACAAUCAUUCUAAAGUAGUGAUAUAAUCUAUUAAAAAUGAUAGUAUGGAUCUAUCUAAUUUAGAGUAACUAAAUAAUUAUGCUUAACAAAUCAUCAAUACCAAAAACAAUUUGUUUAUAUUUAUCUAUUGUUCUAAUUUUUUCUGGAGUUAGUUUUAAGGUGGAAAUUGUUGUAUAUUAUCCAAAAAUCAUUAUAUAUUUUUCUUCCACCUAGGGGUGGGUGUUCGGGUAUCCGUUCGGGUUCAAAUCGGGUAUUUCGGAUUUUCGGGUAUUUUGGUAUAGAGGUGUAGGACCCGUUCGGGUAUUUCUGUACUUCGGGUCGGGUUCGGAUAUUUUUAGUUCGAGUUCGGUUAUUUCGGAUCGGGUUCGGAUAUUUAGAUUUUGAAAAAAAAAAUUAAAUUUUCAUUUCUCAAAUUUCUUGUAUUUAAAAAUAUAACUUUCACUUAACUAAUUUUUUUAUUUCUAAUAGAUUGAAUGGUUAAUAGAUUUGGACAUAACAUUUUGAAACUAAAAAGACAUUAACUUGGUUAUUGUUUUUAAAUUUUGGAUGUAACUUUUUGUUAAUUCUUGAAAUAAAAAAUUUGACAUGCAUUUUAAUUGAGUGUCAAAUCAUUUUAUCCGUAAUUGUAUGUAUAUCAUAUGAAUUUAAAAUAUGUGUAGUUAUAAUAUAAAUAUUUUAUAUAAAAUGAGAGAUGUAAACUAGAAAUAUAAAGUUAAUUAUACAUAUGUUCAGUUAUUUUCGGAUAUCCAUUCGGGUUCGCAUAUUAUCCGUUCGGAUUCGGAUAUUCAAUCUCUACUAAUUCAAUACCCGUUCGGAUAUUCUGCUACCUUUAAAUGAAUGCCAUCCUUAAAUUAUUUAUAUUCACAAAUUUUAAAUUUUAUAGUUUCUGUUUCUAAUAUGACAUCAACAUUAACCAUGUAAUACAACAGAGAUUUAGAAGUAGUUUAACCUAGAUGAUCUAGAGUGUAAUGAAAAUAGUAUAAUGAUUUUAGGUUUUAGGACAUCACUGUUCGAGAUUUCCAAGUUAGAUAUCUCAAAGAUAAAUAUAAUUAUAUUAAUAUCAAUUUUAAGAUAUUUUAAAAGUGUGAGAGAUCUAUAUAAUCAAUUCAAAACACUUAAGAGUGUACUCAGCGGAAAGUUUGGGGUAAUUUGUAUAAAAUGACUAUUCAAAGAUGAAUUUGAAAAAUCCAUUUAAAAUCCAAAAGUAUUAAACUAGACAUUUCAUAAAAUACUCUGCAAUCUACUAUUUUGAAAAUAUUUCAAGUUAUGAAUUUAAGAAGUUUUUAAGUAAUUUUAGAGCGUGUGUGAAUGAAAUUUUGUAAUAAUUUUUUUUAAAAAUCUUAUGAUUUUAGGUAAUAUUCUAUGUUUUUAAAAAAAUCAUAUUUUAAAUAUUCUAAAAGUUUAAAUUAUUUGAUACGAAACCUAAUUGUAACAUUACAUCUGCGUAAAAUGAUUGGAUAAUGAUAAAGUUAUGUUAUUAUUAUUUUCUUGAAACUUGGUAAAGCUAUGUUUUACAAUUUUUAUUAUCAACUAAAUAUAAUUAGGUUUCUAUGUUUCAACGACGGUGGAAUCCUGGAAUCGGCCGGGAGAUCCAAAUCGACACAAUAUCGGCUCAUUAUAAUCAAGAUGGAAAGUUUGGGAACCAGGGAAGGAAUCGGGAAAGAAGAUCCGUAUCGGAUCUGAGAGGGUUUGCUGGAGAAUCAUUACAAUUUGGAUUUCGAUCUGCGAUCUCAAUCUUCACAAAAACGAAUUCCUCGCAAACCGAAGAGCCAACUCAUUGGAAGUUCUGGAGAUAUAAAAACUGGUGAAGGGGCGCGAAAGAGAUUGAAGAUAUCGGUCCCUCAUUUCAACAACUCGGAUCUAAUCAAGGGCUAUUCCAAAACAUUAAUUGGAAGAUGUAUGAACCCUGCAGAGCAAAAUGUCAAGUUCUUGGUGGGGACGCUUCCUAAAAUUUGGGGAUUGGAGGAAAAAGUUGUGGGUACUGAUUUGGGGCUUGGGAGGUUUCAGUUUGACUUUGAUGCAGAGGAGGACAUCGAAACGGUGCUGAAGAUGCAGCCAUUUCAUUUCGACUACUGGAUGAUUUCGCUGGUUCGUUGGCAACCAAGGAAGUCUAAAAACUAUCCCUCGGAGAUCACUUUCUGGAUCAAGGUUUUGGGAGUGCCUUUGGAGUUCUGGGAAGCUCCAACUUUCAGGAGCAUCGGUGAUGCAAUUGGUGUCACAAAGGAGGUUGAUUUGGAUUAUGGUAGAAUCCAAGUGGUGGUUGAUGGGUAUAAGGAACUCACGUUUGAGACGACUGUGGAUUUCAAGGGAGGAGAGUACUAUGAGGAAGAGGAGGCUCCAGUAUUCUUGCGGUAUGAAAAACUGUUUGGUUAUUGUAAAACAUGCUUCAGCCUGUGUCAUAAGAUGGAGAAGUGCCCACUGACCACAGACACCACGGAGAAGACGGUGGAGAUAAGGGAUGAUGCUGAGUAUGGUUUAAAUGAUCGGGCUCGCAGCUACAAAGGGGUGGUAAUAAACGGAAAUGGAGGACAACAAGAUCGGGGAAGAGAGAAACGUGAGUAUCAAGGGAAAGGCAAGGGGAAAAUGUUUGAGGAGACGGACUCAAAGUGGGUCAGGGCUGCAGAUAGGGAGUCUAAAGCUUCCAAUCACAAAAACCAUCGGAAUGGCCACCGCGGAGAUGAGGGAAAUUCUCGUCCUAGGAACUCCAGAAGGGAGCACACCAGGACUCAUCAUCAAGACGAUCGCUCAAGAAAUUCUGCAGGAACGAGAGGUGAGAGAGUAUCUCGUACUGAGUUUCAACCGGAAGGGCUGGAGGAGGGUGAGAUCAAAGAGAAAGAGAUGGAGCGGUCAACUCAAAUGGAGGAGAAGGUACCAGAAAGGACGCAGCCAUCACAAGCUUUCCUUGAUGCGCUAAUGGAGACACAAGGAGAACUAUCUAAGGUAUUAUCGAACCCCUCUAGUGGAGAACAAGAGCUAGGUGUGGAGAAUAUGGAUUUGGGUAUAGUAGACGGGAAUAACGUAGAGACUGAUGGGAGUAUGGGUUUAGCGGGAAACUAUAUUGAGGAUGCUAGUUUUGGGAAUCAUGAGGGUUUUGGAGAGGACGAGGUUCAGAUGCUUGCUGAGGAAGAGAUAGAGGAAGAGGUUAAAGCACAGGUGGUUAUGCCUGAGGCACUCGAGGAGAAGAAGAAGUUAGAGGAUAUGGACGGGAAGGAUGGAGUCGCUGGGGAGGUGGAAAAGAGACAAGGCAUUCGUAAAAAGGUGGUCAAGCCGUCUGUAGGAGCUGCAGCUUCUAAUAAGUUGAAGAUGGCUCAGUUGGUGUCGGCAAAACGUGUGGUAGCCAAACCAGGCAUUCGUCAUGGUGAUCACUCUAAGCAGGGGGAGGACAAGGGCACAUCAGGUCCAAAACAUGACUCUGCAAAGCAAGUAAAAGAUCCAUGAUUACAAGCGUACGGAUAGAGAAGUCACUUGGGCAGGUUAUGGUUUAUGGUUUUAUUUCAGUUUUAAUAAGCUCUCUGAGCAUUUGUACUUGGUGUUUUUUGGUUUUUUGUUGGGUUUAUGAUUGCCUCUUUUUAGUUUGUUUUGUGGAAUGGUUUUGCAUUCUGGUUUCUGAAUGGAAUAAAUAUGGUUUUUUAGUA